AUGAUGGAUGCGCAGCACCAGAGCCACGAUCAAUUCUUUGAGAAACUUGAUCAGCUGUUUGGUGCCCGCAAAGGCAGCGAUCACGGGGCUAUUUAUUUGACACAAAAGAGACUCACAUACAACAGCGGAAGUACGCCUAUGGCGGCGGCUGGAGACUUUGAAGACCGUCAUCCGUCGAAGCCUAUGCCAGUCAUUGUCAGAGCGACUAACGGCAAAUCCAAGAAAGCCAAGUCCAGCAAAAUCAAGCUAUCAACAGUUGUUCAGCCACAUGACCUAGAAUCUUUCUAUGUCCGCUAUGCAGAGGUCUGCAAGGCAGGCAUGGCGGCGCUGAAACCCCGAGACCGCAGCAAGAACAAGGCGAAGGCAAAGGCGAAAAAAAAGAAGACGGCAGCAUAG